GGCGGUAUUCAGUUUGGAGAGGCCUUAUUCAUGUCAAUAACUAGGAAUGCGUAAAAGCAAGUAGACGAGUUGCUCUGUAUACAUUGUUUUUAAGGUUAGGUUUGUUCUGUUUUAUCGUUUCUUGCACACUGGAAGAUACUGCACAACGAACGUUUGGUAGUAAUUACUGAUUAGCAGUUAGGAGUGUGAGAGAGCGCCCUCUGUAUGUUGGGGCUGCGGGCUCUGGUUGGGAUUGGGGUCUUGGUGACGUCACAAGGAGCCAGAGUUCUCUCUCAAAGGGCAUCCUGUCCCUUACUUGGUGGGAGUACUCCUCCCCAUCUGGAGUGCCCGAGACGCCUGUUGUCCAUGGCCCAGCCGAUUAAAUACCUUGGCCAGGAGGAAGCCCAGCGCAUCGAUGAGGAGCUCUUCACUGAGUACCAGUUCAGUGUGGACCAGCUGAUGGAGCUGGCUGGGCUCAGCUGUGCCACAGCUGUUGCCCGGACCUACCCACUGGACUCCCUGGUCAAGCCCAAGCCUUCAGUGCUCGUUGUGUGUGGUCCUGGCAACAAUGGGGGAGACGGCCUGGUCUGCGCCCGCCACCUCAAGCUUUUUGGUUAUGAGCCCAGUAUAAUCUACCCCAAGCGGCCCAACAAGCCCCUCUUCCAGAACCUGGUGGUCCAGUGUGAGAAGAUGGACAUUCCCUUCCUCUCUGAGAUGCCCAGUGAGGCGGAAAUGAUCGACGAGGCCUACAACCUGGUGGUCGAUGCCAUCUUCGGCUUCAGUUUCCAGGGCGCCGUUCGGGAGCCUUUCAACUCUAUCCUGGCCACGCUGAGGAAAAUCACAGUGCCCAUCGCCAGUGUCGAUAUCCCCUCAGGUUGGGAUGUGGAGAAAGGAAGCCCAGAUGGACUGCAGCCAGACCUGCUCAUCUCUCUCACGGCUCCCAAGAAGGCGGCGACUCACUUCCGUGGCCGCUACCACUUCCUGGGGGGUCGCUUCGUGCCAGCGGCCCUGGAGAAGAAGUACCAGCUGAAUCUGCCGCCGUACUUGGGCACCGACUGCGUCCUUCAGCUGACCUAGGCGUGUGGGAGCUACGGACGUCACGUGGGAUGGUCCCCCAUCAAGCUGUCUGCUCGUCAGAAACCGGCUGCAAUGCACUUUUUUCCUUUUGCUGGGCUGAUUUAAAUGAUUUUUUUUUUGUGAGAGAAUUAAACAUGUGAAAACAAGCUG